CUCUCCAUUCUCUCAUCAUCUUGCCUAUCUCCAUUCUCAUCUUCUCAACUUAACUCCUCUUUCAAUCCCAUCCUUUCGCAGAUACCUUUUAGAUUACAUUAAUAAUGGCAUCUAAUAGGCCUUGCAUGGCAUUUGCAGUAUUAUUAUUUGUAUACUCCCUCGUUCUGCUGCUCUCCUCCUCGCAAUGCCAAGGCCAACUCUCCCCUACAUUUUACGACAAAACAUGCCCAAACGCUCUAAACAUCAUCCGCACUGCCGUAAGGCAAGCAGUUUCUCGUGAGCGCCGCAUGGCCGCCUCCCUGGUUCGUCUCCAUUUCCACGACUGCUUUGUUCAGGGUUGCGAUGCUUCCAUCUUACUGGACGAGUCACCAACCAUUGAGAGCGAAAAGACAGCGUUGCCCAACCUUGGCUCUGCCAGGGGUUAUGACGUGAUAGAGGCUGCAAAGCGCGAGCUAGAGAAAUCUUGUCCCGCUAUUGUAUCCUGUGCGGAUGUAUUGUCUGUGGCUGCACGUGAUGCUUCAGCUGCUGUCGGUGGUCCGUCUUGGACAGUGAAGCUGGGAAGAAGAGAUUCCACCACGGCUAGCCAUACCUUAGCUGAAACCGAUCUUCCCGGCCCUUUCGACAAUCUGGAUAAACUCAUAUCUAGCUUCGCUAACAAAGGCCUUAAUACAAGAGACAUGGUUGCCUUGUCUGGUGCACACACUCUCGGCCAAGCUCAAUGCUUCCUAUUUCGCGAUAGAAUUUACGGCAAUGGUACUGAUAUUGAUGCCGGUUUUGCUAGCACUAGAAGACGCCAAUGUCCUAAAGACACGGGAAAUGGAAAUUUGGCAGCACUUGAUUUAGUGACCCCAAAUUCCUUAGAUAACAACUACUACAAGAACCUAUUGCAAAAGAAAGGUCUGCUUCAAUCGGAUCAAGUUCUAUUCAGUGGUGGAGCUACGGACAGCAUAGUUUCAGAGUAUGCAAGGAACCCUCGGGCAUUCCAAGCAGAUUUCGCGUUAGCCAUGAUUAAAAUGUCUGAAAUUCAACCGCUUACAGGUCAAAAUGGGAUCAUUAGGAAGGUGUGUGGCGCUUUGAACUAGCUUUCUUUAGCUACCCCGCGCUACAUACUUAUUCUUCCGCACUACUGUUUUUCUCAAGUAUUUAAUAAUUUAGUUUUCCCCUCUCAUCAAUUUCAUUGUAUUUUUUUCUUAAUAAUUCUUUGAUUUGUUAUUUUGAAAAAUGUAAGAAUAUAAUUUGUUGUAUUCUAUUACA